AUGAGGACGCCUUUGCAUUUGGGCGGACCUGCACAUUGGGCAAUGGCAAGCUGGUCAUGGCUUGGAGCUGGAAGGUGGCAGGCCUAUGACGACGCCACCAGCAGGACAAUUGAGCAGGCGCACAAGCAGGGCCAAGCAACUGUCCGCAUUGCCUUGAAGAACGGCCAGUAUGACAUUGACCUCAAGAAGAUGCAGCAGGUGCACGCCACACGCCCCAGCAAAACGCAGACGAUUCGGCGAGAGGAUGGCCAGGCAAGCUCGACCGCAUCGACAUGUUCAGCAGCCACAUCGGCAAGAUCAGUCAGGUCAAGCGGAUCGUCCACAGACGAGUUGAGCUUGGUCUCGCAAAUGCAAGUGCUGCAUAUGCAGAUUCCCUGCUGCUCCGUAGCUUCAGAAGACGAGAAGAGUUCAGUUCAGUUGCAGUUCAGCAAGAAGUGGGACACAAGCAGAGAGUCAGAGCCAAGCAUCUCAGAGAUUUAUACAAUCCAUGCACUAUCCACCUGGAGAGCUGCAUCGAAUGCACCUGUCCAAAAUUCGAGCAACGAAGCCUUUGAGGUGCCAGAAUUUCCACCAUGGUGGCCAAAGUGA